UAAGCGAUGAGGAAGUUUUAACUUAUACUGUUGAACCUGUCAGUUUCGAAAGGAUGCGACUUCCGCACCGAUUUCUUUCCGUGCUUCCAUUUGUUGACAACUCAUGCUCAAAAUAAGAAGACAAAAUGGGAGAACGAAUGGAUUCUCUUGACUUCGGCUGAGGGCGUCCGGUCGUUGAACCCACAUGGCCUUCCCACAAAAUGGAUCCUGGGACUGGAACCGUGCACAAGAGGGCGGCACCGUCAUGGGCGAUCGAGGCAAGGGCGGCCACCGCAGUGGGCGAGGGGUGGAGUACAACAUCUGGGAGGAGAACCACCAUCUUUACAUGGACAACCUGCGGCUCUGGGACUGCCUGACCCUCGUGCGCAGCGAGCCGUCCCUGGGGUGCCAGAACGCUAUCAACCUGGUCUUCGGUCUCCAGGAGAACGAGUAUCUCAUUUCUUUUCCGGACACCCACCAACUGAUGAGGACGAGGUUCCCCAAUGGUAUGCUGUACCACAACAACGCCGAGGAGACGAUGCUAGAGAACAGCAAGCUCAGGGACGAGAACGCCAGGCUGCAUGCGGCUGUGUGGGUGCUCAGGGACAACCCCACCCUCCAGGCCGAUGCUACGGUUGCUGCUAUAUUCCGGUUGGAUGAGGCACAGUUCCAGAGCAAGUUUCAUGUCGAAUACGACAACCUGGGCACGGAGUCCCUGAGGUCCCAGGAUAAGGCCGCCUACAACACGACCUCCAACAAAGUCGUCCUGGCCUCACUAGACUUGGGGGCUGACCACAACAUGGCCAUACAGCUGACCAACCAGCCCAUCCAAGUGGGACACGCCUCUGCCCGUAGGUGUCGCUCCGCCUCCAACCGGCGCCAUCAUGGGUAUCGAGCCCCCCUCUCCGUCAUUGCAUCACGUAAGAGAAGCGGAAGUGCCUUAAGCCAGAGGAACUUCACAGCCAACUGGAGACCCAGCCCGUCUAUGGAGGGCGAGAGAUUUCUUGGAAUACCCAGCGAAGACAUGCACGUCAAUUUGUACGCCAAGCGCCCCCCUCGGGCUAAAAAGGGGAAACCCCACAACCGGGUUCGGAAAUUCGUAUCUGAUGAUGUAAUUUCCAACACCGAAGGCCGCCUUACCUCGAUUAGCUCAACAGAAAUACUGAGUUGUAAAUCAGACAGCCUUGGCCAGGAGCAUGGGGCAUGGACGUUGGUUAGAAGCAUCUCUUACCUUCAAGGUCAAGACAGGAACAACUGCCACAUCGCUGAUGAACUGGAUGAACUAGAUCAAGACAGGAACAACUGUCACAUCGCUGGUGAACUAGGUCAAGACAGGAACAACAGCCACAUCGCUGAUGAACUGGAUGAACUAGAUCAAGACAGGAACAACUGUCACAUCGCUGGUGAACUAGGUCAAGACAGGAACAACAGCCACAUCGCUGAUGAACUGGAUGAACUAAUCGACUGCUUUUUAAACUGCCGGCAAAAUUUCAACGAAAACGAUCCCGAGAAUAUGGACAUGUUCUGGGAAGAAUACGCUAGAGGCAACGUAAACAGAAACAUGAAGAACGAUUCACAAACUUCUUUAAACUCGCCUGGCAUUUCCGGAACUGCAGACGCCGUAAAUCGGAUGAGCAUUACGUCAGCUGAACCUGUACAAUUACCCAAACUCGCUAGCGUGGUCUCCCUUCACGGCAGUGACGUCAAACCUCUGGGAACCGACAUUGCAGUCGCGGUUGAAAGUCUUGAGCAAAGAGCGCACGCCAGCCGCCCUUUAUCCGCAAAGAAACGCGAUUUUAAAACUGCGAGGAUGGUGAAUUUAAACAAAAUGGCGGAGAUACUUAAAGCAGAAAAAUACGAGUUGGGAAACCGAAACAAAUCUCAAAUUCGAAGCCGGAAUAAUUCGGGAAAACUGUCUCACAAUACGAAUAAUAAGUUGACACCCAGUCCGAGUUUGGAGUUUAUCUUAAGCGACAGUAACGUCUCAAAACCCCGGCAGGGAUACAGAAGAGUCAGCUCAUUCGGUGUGAAAAUAAGCGACAUGUCUAAGAAAAACAAGAUACAUUUCAAAGGGCACCACCCCUCGGAAGUCAUUGAAAUAAAGAAGGAUAAGGACUUCAUUUCGCCGGAACCGGAAAUCUACUUCGCAGACGCGCCGGCGCCAGAACCCAAAACCGGACCUCGGCAGUACCCCGUGGCGACGUACUACACCGUCAAGCACUUCCUGGACCGACACCGGUGGCUUACCCACGCCGACCUUUAUACUAAGUCUUCCUUGACCUUCUUCACGAGGGAGAUCACUCCGUCCACCGUGGCCAUAUCGAACGCCGACUACCUCGUCAGGCCCCAGACCGUCGCCUCGAAGAAUUACACUCUGGACACCCCGCAGCCCGCGCCGGCUGAAGCUGUCGAGACCAGUUGCCGAGAAAGGGAGAAAUCACCGAGACGAUCCUUCGCCAGUCCAUCAUCCAAAAGGCCGAGCCAGCCGGUGCAUAUCUCUCGCCAGCUUUUGCCACCUGCACGUCUGAAAGACUUCCCCGCACUCAAAGCUCGCUGCCUAGCCAAUGACAGACUCCGCCUUCUGAAAGACAUGGGCAGCUAUAAAUACACCAAACCGCUAGCCGACAUGCUCAAACGUAACGUCUGCCCGGAGCCAAAAAUAGAGAUUGCGCCCUCCCCCAUCUCAAGGUCUUCCAUCAACCUGAGCAAGGCCUACUCCGAGCGGAGCAUCAUGAGCAAUAUUUCCAAGAAGACGGUCUCGGUGAGCCUGUCUCAGAAAUAGAUGACCCCAGCCUCGGCACGCUUAGAAACAAUGUGUGUCGUUCCAUCACUAGAGGCUAUGGCUGUAGCAGGAGUAGUCAGCACUAUAGCUGUGAAGGUUUCGUUUAUUUGCCUCCAAACU